AUGGAUUCUUCACCAGAGCAGAUCCACUACGCUUUCAUCACACCGCCAUCUCCAUCUCCCAGGCAUCUUCAUUCUUCGAAUCUCCCACUCCAUCAGCUGAGAUUUUUAUCCAGUACUGCGGCUGGUAAUGCCAAUCAAGAAAACUCAUCAUCCAAUAGCUCCGCGAAAGAUAAUUCUGACCAAGGAAAAGAAUCUGGGGAAUCGAAUCAGAAGGCGGAUGCUGGAAAGCCCGUACGUGGAGGACCUGUUUCAUGGUUGAGCUUUCUUUUACUGGUUGCCACUGGAGCUGGGCUGAUCUACUACUAUGAUAGGGAAAAGAAGCGUCACAUUGAAGAAAUAAACAAUGCUUCAAAGGCAGUUAAGGAAGGACCUUCUGCUGGGAAAGCUGCCAUUGGGGGUCCAUUCAAUCUGAUCAACCAUGAUGGGAAGCGUGUAACUGAAAAGGUUCUUGGAAAUUGGACACUUAUAUAUUUUGGCUUUACUCACUGCCCAGAUAUCUGUCCAGAUGAACUGCAAAAACUAGCUGCUGCAGUUGAUAAAAUAAAGAAGAAAUCUGGAAUUGAAAUUGUACCGGUUUUCAUUUCAGUUGACCCUGAGAGGGAUACUGUUGAACAAGUACGUGAAUAUGUCAAAGAAUUUCAUCCAAAGUUGAUUGGAUUAACUGGUAGCUCAGAUGAAAUAAAAAAUGUUGCACGUGCUUAUCGUGUUUAUUACAUGAAGACAACAGAGGAAGACUCAGAUUAUCUCGUUGAUCACUCCAUAGUUAUGUACUUGAUGGGGCCUAACAUGCAGUUUGUAAAAUUCUUUGGGAAGAACAAUGAUGUUGAUUCUCUUACUGAUGGUAUAAUUAAAGAGGUCAAGAAGUACCGAAAAUAACUUCCAAACCUGUACCACUCUGAAAACGUGGCCUCAUGAUAUACCGGCUUCUUUUCCCUUUGAGGUGCUUCUAGAGAACUGAGUUUCAAAUAAGCAACUUGCUUGAUGAAAAAUGUUUUUAGAUGUUGCCAUUAUACUUCAAAAUUUUGAGAUAUAAUAAAGAUUAAAUGUAAAGAUCUUGUUACUCAUGUGGAUCUGGAGAUCCAAUGGUAUCGGAAUUGUCAUAUUCACCAUUGUAUUGGCCUUGUUU